AUGGCUGCAGCGGAGACUGCCUUGCCCUCCAUCAGCACGCUGACCACCCUGGGCCCCUUCUUGGACACACAGGAAGACUUCCUCAAGUGGUGGCGCUCUGAAGAGGUGCAGGACUUGGGUCCAGGCCCCCCCGACCCCACAGGGCCACCCCUUCACGUGAGGCCUGAGUUGGAGGACACGCCUGGGGAGGACGAAGACGAUGAGAGGGACGCGGCUACCUCCUGGGACCUGGAUCUCCUCCUCACCAACUUUCCGUGCCCAGAGCCAGGCAGCGCGCCCCAGACCUGUGUCCCCCAGACUUGCGCUCUGGCGCCUGGCGAAGGUUCCGGGGUGCAAUAUCCACUGCCGCCCGAGACUCUGGGCGCGUACGCGGGCGGCCCGGGGCUGGUGGCUGGGCUCUUGGGUCCCGAGGAGCACCCGGGCUGGGCGCGCCCGGCCCCACGAACCCCGGCUCCCGAUGCCUUCGUGGGCCCAGCCCUGAUUCCAGCCCCCGAGCCCAAGGCGCUGCCGCUGCAGCCGAUGUACCCGGGACCGGGUGCGGGUUCCUCCGGCAGCUAUUUCCCCCGGACGGGGCUUUCAGUGCCUGCAGCGCCGGGAGCCCCCUACGGGCUGCUGUCCGGGUACCCUGCGCUGUACCCGAUGCCGCAGUACCAAGGGCACUUCCAGCUCUUCCGCGGGCUCCAGGCUCCGGCGCCCGGUCCCGCCACGCCCCACUCCUUCCUGAGUUGUCUAGGGCCCGGGACGACGGGUGCAGGACUCGGGGGGACCACAGGAGACCCAGGAGGGACCGCGGAGGCCGCGCCAUCCAAGCGCAGCAGGCGAUCGUGGGCGCGCAAGAGGCAGGCUGCGCACACGUGCACGCACCCGGGUUGCGGCAAGAGCUACACCAAGAGCUCUCACCUGAAGGCGCAUCUACGCACGCACACAGGGGAGAAGCCAUACGCCUGCACGUGGGAUGGCUGUGGCUGGAGGUUCGCGCGCUCCGACGAGCUGACCCGUCACUACCGAAAGCACACCGGUCAGCGUCCCUUCCGCUGCCAGCUCUGUUCGCGUGCUUUUUCACGCUCGGAUCAUCUGGCCUUGCACAUGAAGCGUCAUCUUUGA